CCGGAAGUGAUGUCCAUUCACUUCCUGAAGUCGAAUGGUAGCACGGAGCGGGACAGGAGGAAAGUUCCUCGCGUGACAAAGAAGAAGCGCUUUGCCUUCUUUUCUUGUACAUUGCGCGCCGUAAGUUCGGCGGUGUAGGCCAAGUCAAGCCUAGUUUCGCGUAGCCAAGCCAAGUGGCCGCCGAAGAUGGAAGCUGCACCGGCCAAGAAUAAGCCGCAGGGCCGCCUGGUGGUGUCCACGCAGUUGGACGCCAAAGAUGAGCUGGAGGAGAAACUGGAGCGUUGCGUCGGAGUGGUGCACUCUUUGACCACUGGCCUUUCCGAGAGAGAAGCGAACGACGCUCUGACCGCCAGCGCGUGCAAAGGCCAGCAGCAGCACGAAGAGGUUUGUCUCGGACUCUUCGCCCUGCUUCUCACUGAACCGGCUCAGGCCCAGAGGUGUUACAGAGACCUGACUCUGGUGAGCAGAGAUGGAAUGAAUGUGGUCCUGGUGAAGAUAAAUCAGAUCUUAAUGGAGAAGUUCCUCAAGCUGCAGGACAUCCCCAGAAAGCAGCUAGUGUGGCUGGUUCGAGAGCUGGUGAAGAGCAGCGUGAUGGCAGUGGAUGGCGUCGUCAUGACCUUGCUCAAGCAGAUUGCAGGAGGAGACGUGUCCACGAAAAACAUGUGGCUGGCUGAGAGCGUCCUGGACAUCCUGCUGGAGCAGAAGGAGUGGCUUCUGAAGAGCGGGAUGCUGAUCGCCAUGUCGGUCUACACGUACCUGCGCCUCAUCGUGGACCACGGCGCCCCCAAUCUACUUCCUCUGCGCCAGAAGGAAGUGGAUUUCUGCAUCGGGAUGCUGCGGGACAAGUUCCCGGAGUGCGUGAUCAUCGGCAGAGAUUUAGUGCGCCUGCUGCAGAACGUGGCUCGGAUCCCUGAGAUGGAUCUCCUGUGGAGAGACCUGCUCCACAACCCUCAGGUCCUCAGUCCUCAGUUCACCGGCGUUCUCCAGCUACUCACGGCGCGAACUUCCAGAAAAUUCCUAGCCUGUCGUCUGACCCCCGACAUGGAGACCAAGCUCCUGUUCAUGACGUCCAGGGUGCGCUUCGGCCAGCAGAAGCGCUACCAGGACUGGUUCCAGCGGCAGUACCUGUCCAUGGCCGAAAGCCAGUCGCUGCGUUGCGACCUGAUCCGCUACAUCUGCGGCGUGGUCCACCCGUCCAACGAGGUCCUCAGCUCUGACAUCCUGCCGCGCUGGGCCAUCAUUGGCUGGCUGCUCACCACCUGCACGUCCAACGUGGCCGCCUCCAACGCCAAGCUAGCGCUCUUCUACGAUUGGCUGUUCUUCAAUCCUGACAAGGACAGCAUCAUGAACAUAGAGCCAGCCAUCUUGGUGAUGCAUCAUUCCAUGAAGCCCCAUCCCGCCAUCACGGCCACGCUUCUCGACUUCAUGUGCCGGAUCAUUCCUCACUUCUUCCCUCCGCUGGAAGUUCAGGUCCGUCAGGGUGUGUUCAACUCGCUCACCUUCAUCAUGGAGAAGAGAGUGCUGGCGCACUUGGCUCCCUUGUUCGACAAUCCAAAGCUGGACCGAGAACUUCGCUCCAUGCUGAGAGAAAGGUUUCCGGAGUUCUGCAGCGCCCCCUCGCCGCCGAUGGAAGUGAAAAUGGAGGAGAUGGCGUCCAUGGAAAUGGAGCACCUGAUGGACAAGGAGGAAGGUUGCUAUGACAACACAGAAGCCGCCUUCAGUGACGAUGAGGAGGAGGUCAACAACAAAGGAAGGAAGCGCGAGUUCAGGUUUCAUCCAAUCAGAGAGACUGUUGUGGAGGAGCCCGCCGACAUCACGCCCUGGCUUGACCAAUUAGAGGACACCAUGAAGGACAAGGUCGUCCAGCUUCAGAAGUCAAGUGACACGGAGACGCAGUGCGAAGUCAUGCAGGACAUCGUGGACCUCAUCCUGGAGGAGGACUUUGACACGGAGCAGAUGGCGGCCUUAGCUUCGUGCCUGGCAGAAAUCUUUAAAGAACAUUUCCGAGGAGAUGUCCUCCCAGAAGACAUCACUGACGAGUCCCUGGAGGAAUCGGUGUGCAAGGCGGUGUGUCUGGUCUUCCGGAACCUGGUGACCAUGCAGGAAGACAAUAGCGGCUUCUCGGUUCUUCUGGACAUGCUGGCGGAACUGUACCAGAAGCAGCCCAAGAUUGGUUACCAUCUGCUCUACUACCUGAAAGCCAGCAAAGCGGCAAACGGCAAGAUGAUGCUGUACGAGUCCUUCGCUCAGGCCACGGCGCUCGGUGACCUUCACACCUGUCUGAUGAUGGACAUGAAGGCGUGUCAGGAGGACGACGUGCGCUUGCUCUGCUACCUGACGCCUUCCAUCUACUCAGAGUUUCCAGAUCAGACGCUGAGGAGCGGCGAGCUGCUCAACAUGAUCGUGGCAGUCAUCGAUUCGACCCAGUUGCAGGAGCUGAUGUGCCACGUGAUGAUGGGAAACCUGGUCAUGUUCCGCAAGGACUCCGUUCUCAACAUUCUGAUCCAGUCUCUGGACUGGGAGACGUUUGAGCAGUACAGCACGUGGCAGCUGUUCCUGGCACACAGCAUCCCUCUGGAGACCAUCAUCCCCAUCCUGCAGCACCUCAAGUACAAAGAGCAUCCCGAGGCCUUGUCCUGUCUGCUGCUGCAGCUGCGGCGGGAAAAGCCCAGCGAGGAGAUGGUCAAGAUGGUCCUGAGUAGGCCCUGCCACAGCGAGGACCAGUUCACCACCAGCCUCCUGCGGCACUGGGCGUCCAAGCACGACGACACCCUGGCCGAACACAUCAAAGCGCAACUCAUCAAGAACAACAACCAGCCGCGGAAGAGGCAAAGUUUACGCAGCUCAAGCAGCAAACUGGCUCAGUUGACGCUGGAGCAGAUCCUGGAGCAUCUGGACAACCUCAGAUUGAGUCUGAACAACACCAAGAACAGCUGUCAGUGCGCACACGCGUGGGGGGGCGGGCGGCUGGCCAUGCGUCGCCACAGCCCACCAAGCCCUGAUUCUUGCCUUUUGUUGUACUCAGUCUUCAGCCAGACGCCCAUCCUUCAGGCCCUGCAGCACGUCCAGGCCAGCUGUGAUGAAGGACACAAGAUGAGGUUCAGCGACCUGUUUGCCUUGGCCGAAGAGUACGAGGACUCCCAGGCCAAACCCGUCAAGUCGCGCCGCAAGGCAGCCGCCACCUCGCCCCGGUCACGCAAAGGCCCUGUGCCGCCCAGCAGCAGCAACAACGAGGAGGAGAGCGCCUCCAGCAGCGCCUCGGAGGAGGAAGACUCCAAGCCCAAAGCACCCAAGAGGAAGAGGAAGUGCUCGUCGGCCGUGGCCUCCGACAGCGACUAAUGGCUGAGGCUGUCGGACGAUGCAAGGCAGCCGUUGGCCCGCUUGCCUGGCAACCGCUUGCCCGGCAACCGCUUGCCCGGCAACUCCUUGCCCGGCAACCGCUUGCCCGGCAUGCACUGCGCCCCUCCACACUUUUUGGAGAACUGUUAUCACGGGGCUUUUCCACUUGCUGUUGUUUUUAGCCGCCCCGUCCUUCCUGUGCCCAGCUGCCGUUGGAACGCUGGUAUAAACCCGAGCCCGUUUGCUCGUUGACCUGGUACAGAGCAGCUGUGCCGCCCGCCCACAUCAUCACGUGAUGGUCAUCAGCCAGGCUUGACCGGACCGACCGUCGGAUGCCCGCAAGUUCUUGUUAAGGCCGCCCAGCCGGUACUGUCUCGAGUCGCUUCCAGACUCAUCAGCCGUUGAUGACUUUUGAAUGGCUGUCACGUCCGCGGCAAAGUCUCUGCGAACUCCACUGUUGACUCCGGAACGCAUCCCGGAAUUCUUCAUCCCGCCCCGCUUCCUCCUCUCACUGCUGUGGCGAGCCGUGCACUGAGUGGUACCACCGUGACCCCCGGCCAACGUUUUGGAGCCCUACAGAUUCUGUGCGGUCGUGGCUUGAAGCCCGUGCACACGACACCGGAGUCCGUAUUUCUCCAGGAUGAUGGUGGCACCUCGGCACGCGUGACAUUGUCACAGGGCGCCAAAGAGAUGCGAGGGCGGGGCAACAGUUAUGUCAUGUUCUGGUCAGACACUUUUAAGGCGUUUCUAAUAAAAAAAGAAUUUGAAGAUGA